AUGGAGAAUAGUGGUUGCAAAGUGUCACAUACCAAUGUCGCAUCCCAGACAGUGAGGAAAUUAUUGGAGAAAAAACGACUAGAGCGGUCAGUGCCAGGAGACAGCGCUAGAUCCCUGAUCCCUUCUGGAGCACCAGAAGGCAGACACCCAGCCGAGUCCCUGUUCCCAGAGCCUGCGGGAGCCCCAGAAGGAGGAGGACCCACUCCAGGGCAGACAGCCAUUCCAGAGUACCCUGUUGGUGCCCUUCCUGCCUGGCAGCCAGAUGCCUCCAGCCAAGCAAGCUUCCCACCUGGCCGCCCCUACCAGCAUGUCGAUGCCACCAAUAGCUUCUGCCUCCAGCCUCCAGCCCCUCCAUUUGGUGUGAUGAGCCCCUUCAUUUACUUGGAAACAAAUCUUUAUGGGUCAACAGGACCAGCAGCCACUGAGCCAGUGCAUGGCUCCAAGACGGCACCAGCCAUGGAUUUUGAGAAUGCAACUACUGAAGCCCAGACCUUGAACCUUUAUGAGAACAACUGGCCGGUGCAGGAAAUGAACAAUCCCUGUCUCCUUCCUCCUGGGAGUUUUCCAGUCCCAUCUGCAGAGAUGGAUCCAGGGGAGCUGGCUCAAGCUCGGGCCCAGAUCCAGAAUGUGGAGCUGACCCGGCUGCUGCAGCAGGAUGAGGAUGGAGAUAUGCUCCUUCACCUGCUUGUUGCCCAAGGAUUCCGCCCACUGGCCUAUGCUGCUGCUGAGAUGCUCAGAGACUGUGGACAACUGGAUGUCAAAGAGCACAGGGGGAAGACCCCACUGCUAGUGGCAGCAGCAGCAAAUCAGGCAGAGAUUGUGAAAGACCUGAUCAUGCUGGGAGCCGACGCCAAUGCUGUCGACCAGAAGGGCCAGACUGUGCUGCACCUUGGCGCCACAUACGGGCUGCCUAGUGUCAUUGAGGCUGUCAUGAUGACUGGCAUCCCUGUGAACGUGGAAGCAAGAAAUUUUGAAGGUCUCACACCACUGCACUGUGCUGUCAUCGCUCACAAUGCAGCCUUCCAGGCACAAACCAUGGAGCAAUUGUCCCAGAACCACUUGCAGAACUUGCUGCUUUGCAUCCGUCUGCUCUUGCAACUUGGGGCAGACUACAAGAGCCAGGAUCUGAAGAGCAGCAAAACCCUCCUGCAUUUGGCUGUCCAAGCAGCAAACCUGCCUGUGAUCCAAUUCCUUCUCCAGCUUCCUGGACCAGAACUCCAGCGUUUUGUCAACAUGAAAGCGCAUGGGAAUACCGCUCUGCACAUGGCUGCCGGUCUGCAUGGGCAUCCCUAUCAAGAGGAGAUUGUUCGCCUGUUACUACACCACUGGGCUGAUCCCAGUGCCCGGAAUCUGGAGAAUGAGCAACCAGUUCACCUGUUGGCUCCUGGACCAGUGGCAGAACAGCUUCGCCUGCUUCUAAGGAGCCGUCGGGCAUGUCCUGGUCCACCUCAUCUCCCCAAUCUUUCUUGA